CUCAGGAGUUGAAUCAUGUACUUGCAGGGUCUUAAAACGGCUAUUGUUGAGGGAGAUGUAGUGGGUGGAACAUGUGUGAACAGAGGAUGUGUUCCUUCCAAAGCUUUGCUUGCAGUAAGCGGUAGGAUGCGUGAACUUCAAGAUGAGCAUCACAUGAAGGCUUUGGGCCUGCAGGUUGCAGCUGCUGGGUAUGACAGGCAGGCAGUUGCUGACCAUGCUAAUAACCUUGCUUCAAAAAUUCGUAAUAAUUUGACUAAUUCAAUGAAGGCCCUUGGUGUAGACAUUUUAACAGGAUUUGGCACAAUACUGGGUCCUCAAAAGAUCAAAUAUGGAAAAGUUGGCUUUCCUGACAACGUGAUUACUGCAAAAGAUAUAAUUAUAGCUACUGGAUCUGUUCCUUUUGUCCCCAAAGGAAUUGAGGUUGAUGGGAAGACUGUAAUUACAAGUGAUCAUGCUCUCAAAUUGGAAGUUGUUCCUGAUUGGGUUGCCAUAGUUGGAAGUGGAUAUAUUGGGCUUGAAUUCAGUGACGUAUAUACAGCACUUGGUAGUGAGGUUACAUUUAUUGAAGCUCUAGAUCAGCUAAUGCCUGGAUUCGAUCCUGAGAUUGGAAAGUUAGCUCAGAGAGUGCUGAUAAACCCACGAAAGAUUGACUACCACACUGGAGUAUUUGCGACCAAGAUAACUCCUGCCGAGGAUGGGAAACCAGUUAUUAUUGAGCUUACUGAUGCCAAGACAAAAGAACCUAAAGAUACUUUGGAGGUAGAUGCAGCAUUAAUUGCAACAGGAAGGGCUCCAUUUACAAAAGGUCUUGGACUGGAGAAUGUACGCCCUCUUCAUACAAGUAAAUAUAAGUCUGAACAACUAAUAUAUGAAUCUCAGAGUGAAAAGACCCACCCUUCUUUGUCUAAGUUCGUCACUAGAGCCGUCACAAUUGGGACCUUCCAUCACUGCCACCAUCACAAUCAAAAUCAAGCCUUUGAACGCUACUACUAUCUUUUAAAUUCCAACGAUAUCACCAUCAAUAUUAAUAUAACACGUGUUACUUGUCCCACCAAUACCACCAUCAACAUUAAUGUAGUAACUCGUGUUACCAACCCAAACAUGCUAAUCUCACUUGGGUUAAUGCAAAAGGAGGCAAAACUUCUGUUUUUGGGCUAG